AUGAAGAUAAUGAUGAAUAUUUUGAAAUAAGUGAAAGAUCAUGAUCUUAAUAACAAAAAUUAUUGUGAAGACAUUUAUGAAGAAUUAAGAAAAGAUCUAAUAAAAAAAAUAUCAAAAAAUGAUUAAAUAGUCUGUUUGUUAAAAUUUUUAGUUCAACUCACAACUGUGGAUGAAACUUUUAUUUAAUGUGGGUCAAAUGGACUUAAUUUAUUAGUAGGUCUGAAAGUUGAUUUGACUAAACAUUGCUUUGAAGGCAUUAGGAUCAAAAAAAGUAGUUUGAUUGGUGGAAAUUUUGCAAAAUAUAAUUUUAGCGGAUCUGAAUUUGAAAAUGUUGAUAUUAGUGGGGUUAAUUUAAAUGGAGCAUUAUUAUUAAAUUGUAAGUGGAAGAAUAUUAAAAUACACGAACUAAAUUAAUUAAAUGGUCAUACUGUCUAUUCAGUAUGCUUUUCACCGGAUGGAAUUACUUUAGCUUCAGGUAGUCAUGAUUAAUCAAUCCGUUUAUGGGAUGUUAAGACAGGAUAAUAAAAAGCAAAAUUUGAUGGUCAUACUAAUAUUGUCUACUCAAUAUACUUCUCAACAGAUGGAAGUCAAUCCGUUUAUGGGAUAUUAAGAGUGGAUAAUUAAAAGCCAAAUUGGAUGGUCAUAGCAACACAGUAUUAUCAGUAUGCUUCUCACCAGAUGGAACUACUUUAGCAUCAGGUAGUUAUGACGAAUCAAUCCGUUUAUGGGAUGUUAAGACAGGAUAAUAAAAAAUCAAAUUUGAUGGUCAUAGUAAUUGUAUCAAUUCAGUAGGCUUCUCACCAGAUGGAACUAUUUUAGUAUCCGGUAGUUCUGAUUAGUCAAUCCGUUUAUGGGAUGUUAAGACAGGAUAAUAAAAAACCAAAUUUCAUGGUCAUUCUAAUAUUGUCUCAUCGCUAUCUUUCUCACCAGAUGGAAUUAUUUUAGCUUCAGGUAGUAAUGAUAAGUCAAUUCGUUUAUGGGAUGUUAAAACAGGAUAAUAAAUAGCAAAAUUAUUAGAUGUUCAUACUCGUUAUGUCAUGA